UAGAAGCGGAAUGAAGCUGGGUCUCCUCGCGGGUCUCGUACUAAUCUUUAUUUUAACCCAUUCACUUGUUUUCCGUCUAGAUAGACAGGUGGUUAUUAGUCAUAGCUAGCGUCAAAGUUAUUUCAUAGCAUAAUGUUAACAACUUUUUGAAGUCUACUUCUGUUGGAGUCCCCUGCCCUCAAAUAACUUUUGAAAUGAUACCUUUUAUAGUUGACACUAAAAGUAUACAAUGAGUCCAAGAGCCCUGUCACUAAGGACACUCCUGUUCCUGGGGCUUUGUCAAACUGGAAAAAGAAGUCUAGCAUCUUUCCCAGACCUGCGAGAUCAGCCCAAGAGAAUAGCUGUGGUUGGAGCAGGCAUCGGUGGUACGGCGGCAACAUACUUUCUGAGGCAAGAGUUUGGAACAGCGGUGAAGAUUGAUGUAUUUGAACCAAGUGAUGUUGGCGGGCGUAUGGCCUCUGUGAAGAUUGGGGAUUAUGAGUAUGAGACGGGGGGCUCUGUUAUCCAUCCCCUAAACCUACACAUGAAGCACUUUAUUGACAAAUUAGGUAUACUGCAAAGGAAAGAUGUUCCUUCCAAAAUGGCCAUCUUUGAUGGAAAAGAGCUCACUUUUGAAGAGAGUGACUGGUUUAUCAUCAACUUCUUGCGUUUGCUGUGGCGAUAUGGAUUCAAUUUUCUUCGCAUGCAGAUGUGGGUGGAGAGUGUUUUGGACAAAUUCAUGAGGAUCUAUCAGUACCAGCAGUUUGGCUACUCCUUCUCCAGUGUGGAGAAGCUCUUGCAUGCCAUGGGUGGUGAUAGUUUUCUCACCCUGGUAAAUCAGACCCUGGAGGAGGCAAUGCUGGCAGAGGGUUUCUCACAGAUCUUCCUCAAUGAUAUUGUUGCACCCAUCACUCGCGUCAACUAUGGCCAAAGUGUCCGCAUCAACGGCUUUGUAGGUGCAGUUUCCUUAGCAGGGGCUGAUUCGGGCCUGUGGGCAGUGGAUGGAGGCAAUAAAAGAGUGUGCUCAGGAUUACUCUAUCACAGCAAAGCUGAGGUUAUACCAGCCAGAGUCACUGCCAUUUCAGUCAAGGUUCGGCCAACCAAGUCAGGUACCACAGCCAAUUACUAUGAAAUCAAUUAUGUUGGGGACUCAGGCUCAGCACACUCUCUAUAUGACAUAGUAAUUAUAGCCACGCCCCUCCACCAGGGUAAGUCGGACAUCAGCUUCUCAGGGUUUUCCCCACCAAUCCCAUCUCACUACCCUGGCCGAUACCACCUGACAGUCUCUACUUUGGUCCAUGGCUUGCUAAAUGUGUCAUACCUCGGGACCACAGAGCAAGCCUCAGAGUUUGUGGUGUCCGAUGUCCUUACUACUGACACAAAGGGCUCUGCAAUCAAUAGCCUGAGCUCUAUCGAUCCUGUACACAUCCCUCCAGGCUACAAACGCCCCCCUGCCAGCCAGACGAAGGUGUGGAAGGUGUUCUCUCCACAGCCACUAUCUCAGGAGCAAUUGAGACUCAUGUUCCUCUCAUGGGAUUCAGUGUCGGAGACACAGUGGCUGGCUUACCCAGCUUACAGCCCACCACACCGCAGGACCCCUCCUUUCAUCCUACAUGAUCGGCUGUACUACCUGAAUGCUGUGGAGUGGGCAGCCAGUGCCAUGGAGAUGAGUGCUAUAUCUGCCAGGAACCUGGCCCUGCUGGCACACCACCGUUGGCAUGCCCAAGAAGCCAAGAUCGACCAGGAGGAUCUUCACACCCGUGUGAGGGGGGAACUCUGAAAAGUGAGAAGCAGGAUUAUAUCUUUGUAAGGGGAUAAGCAAAAUCAAUAUCAACCAUAUAUCAGAUAAACACACCACAUCACUGUAGUAACACUGUCAGGGCAGUGUUAACACUCUUAUCAGGUAUAUGGGGAUAUUGUUCAUAUUUCCUCCAACUUAUUGUUUAAAAUCAAGCACCAUCAAAAACUGCUCCACAUAUAUUUUUUCUGAAGAAAACAAAACAAAAAAAUCCCAUUCCUGUGUGGGGUUUUGUUAUCACUGUGCUGAACAACAGGAUAGGUGCAAAGAUUUCCUGGUUUUGUGAGUUUUGUACAGUCGGCUUACGGUAGAACUUGGUGUGCACAGGGUGUUUGCUGUUAUAAAAUGGAUCCAGCUAACAUUUACAAAAUCACCUUUCAAAUACAGCAACUAACAGUCUGUGGGUGAACAUUCGUGUAAUUUUCUUUAUAGUUUAAUCCUAAUGCUGACAAACUUGUGUCUUCCCACGGUUUUCCAGUCUCUCUACCUCUUUCAUAGACGGCUGUAAUCAGCAGGCCACCGGGUUUGUCUUGCUUUUGUCCACAGGCAGUUUGUUAUCAAGAGAUGAGCAAAUAGAUAAAUCUGUGAUUUUAUUUUUUUUUAGUUUUAAUAUACUAAUGUAAAGAACGCUUGUGAAGAAAAUCUAAUCACACUGAACACUUAAUGGCAAUGUCCCUUGAAUCUGUAUUGUGUUUUUAGCUUUUUGAAGUUGCUUUCGUGCCUUGAAGAAUCGGGUCAUUUUCUUGGUAGAAUAACAUGUAGCAAAUUCUUUCGUCCUGUUGAAAAUUAAUGUCAGUAUGAUCAGACGAGUUUGUAAUGGAAAGGAUUCUGACAUGGAGGAACAUGAUUCAAAACUGUUUUUGUAAAUUACAGUAAACAAUACAUUUUUAAACACUGUAGCAGGAAUUAUCAGUCGCCAUUUCUAUGAUUGUCAGGUGUCAUUUUUUCACGACAUGUCUAGCUGGUAUAACUAGAAUAUUUUUAACUACGUUUGGGAUAAAUAGUUUCUUUUCGAUGCACUUUUGGAGUUUUUUUUUUUUUAGAUUUUCUAAUAGUUCUGUAGUAUGUCCAAAAAUAUGGAAAAACUCGAUUCAUAGUGCACUUUAAACCGAUGAUUAAAGUGGGGUUAAGAAUUCAUGUACCGGUGAGAACAACAAAAUAAAAACAAUAAAACAUUAA